AUGGCAAUACUGAAGACCAGCCAGCACUCUGUGCGCCUCCUCAUUCGCCACCUCCCGCACGACAUCACCGCAGAGGCUUUGAUGGAUGUUGUACGCGAUCGGUGCGGAGCUACCGUGGUUGACGGCAUCGUGGACGUCUCGGUUCUUCGUGGAUAUCCGCCUCAUGAUAGGUGCCCACUUGUUCCAGCCACGGCGGUCGUUGCGGUGCAGUCUGUGCAGCACGGCAGUGAUACCGCAACAAGCGAACAAGUCAUUCAGGCGGUGAUGGGCAUUUUCGACGGUCAUGCCGUCUUCAGUGAGGGUGAUGAUGAUGCGGCUGCUGCAAAAGUUUCUUCAGUGGAGCGGUCACCGGUGUAUCUUAGCUCCACCAACGUCAAACGCGGCAGUGCGGCGUGGGGGUGUCGCCCCGGCACCAUCGAGGAUGACGAGGACUACAAACGCUUCUGCGCAGGACUCGACCAUAUCGACGCAUCGCCGCCGCAGGCGAGGGACACCGCGGAGGUGGAGACGGAGCCCGCUCCGGUGUCUCUCCUCGUGCGGCAGCUUCUCAACAGAUGGGAUGAGCGGAGGAAGAAGAAGGAAAAAACGAAGGAUGCCAAGAAAACAGAGCGGAAGGUGCUGCUUAAACGGAGAGAGGGCGCUGCUAAGGGGGGUACAGCCCCGGCAGAAGAGCGNUACGAAGGUCAAGCAGAGGACGGUGCACAAGACACGAAGGCACAAAGCAGAGAAAGAUGGUGA